GGAAUAGCUGCUUACACGCUUUGUUUAUGAAGAUCAGCUGUGUUACCAAACAUACGCGUCAAUUUCGUUUCUACAUUUUUCAACGUAUCUAUUUUCGUCGAGAUAAAGGUCACACGUUAAUAUUGAGACGUAGCGACGAUCCAAGGAACAACGCGAGGUUAUAGCCUGGUAUUUUAUUCUUUUCGAUUGGAAAUCCUACGAGAUUAUACCUUUUUUUUUAUUCUAAUCGACAAAUUUCGGAGAAACGACGCAUCGAGCGUUUCCCAGUUUCGACAUCUUCAGCAUGACAAUCCUAAAUCCAUUUAUUUUCUUUGUUCUUCGAUCGUUAUCAUUUUGAUCAAAUGGACUUUGACAAGACAAAAUAGCCUACCUGUUUGUACAUUUACAUUAAGAAAAUAAACAUCAUGAGAGGAGGAAGAAGGACCGAUGAUAUUGUCUUCUUUGCAAAUCAGAAAGUAGGAGCAUGGAUAAGCUAUUGGUCGAAUGAGCGAUAGAGUCUAUCGUGUUUAUAAAGAUGCAGAUUUGGGAGCAACUUUCCACCAGUAGUUAAAUAAGCUUAAUGACAUGAAAGAAUGAAACGAGAUACCGUCAUUACCUGUGUGGAGCCAAACCGAAGAGCAAAAACGAUGACAACUGUAUUGGAUGGUAGCUAUCAACAGCUCGAGCCUUACGACGAGGGCGAGGGUGACGGUGACGAUGACGACGAACGUGAAGAAACGCCUCAAGAAUCAGGUGUAAUGAUACAUGUGGUACCAGAGGGAAACAAAGCGAGAUGGAAUCAUAUAGAAGAUUUGGAUUCUUUCUUCACUAGAAUGUAUCAUUAUCAUCAAAAGCAUGGCUUUGCAUGCAUGAUGCUUCAAGAAGUUUUUGAAUUAGGACAAUUCAUUUUCGUAGUCACCUUCUCCACAUUUCUCUUUCAUUGUGUCGAUUAUUCCGUAUUAUUCAGAGAUAAAAUAAUAAACAAACCGCAGAAAAUAUCGAUCAACGAUGCCAUAUUGUCAACGGGAGAAUGCACAGCUUCUAUGGGAUUGUUCACGUGGAUUUGCAUUUUAGUAGCAGCUAUUUUUUGGAUUUUACGUGCUGUUAAAGUUCUUUAUCACCUUACUCAGUUUUGGGAUAUAAAGUUAUUCUUUAAUGUAGCAUUAAAAAUUGAAGACUGUGAUUUGGAUAACUUAACGUGGCACGAAGUGCAAAAGAGAGUAAGAGAAGUUCAAAAAGAACAGGAAAUGUGUAUUCAUAAAAGAGAACUCACGGAAUUAGAUAUAUAUCAUAGGAUAUUAAGAUUUAAAAAUUAUAUGGUGGCUAUGAUUAACAAGUCGCUGCUACCUGUGCGACUUAAGGUCCCUAUUAUCGGUGAAGUCAUUUUUAUGACAAGAGGAUUGAAAUAUAAUAUGGAACUACUCUUAUUCUGGGGGCCAUGGUCGCCUUUUGAAAAUAAUUGGCACCUAAAGGAAGAUUAUAAAAAACUAUGUAAGAGGCAGGAACUGGCGCGAGUAUUAUCGAAGCACAUUUUAUGGGUGGGAAUAGCAAAUUUUGUAUUGUGCCCGUUAAUUCUCUUGUGGCAAAUCCUCUAUUCAUUUUUUAACUAUGCCGAAAUCAUAAAGAGAGAGCCAGGUACUCUGGGAACAAGAAUGUGGUCUCUGUACGGUCGACUUUAUCUUCGUCAUUUCAACGAACUCGAUCACGAAUUAAAUGCACGUUUAAAUCGUGCCUACCGUCCAGCUUCGAAGUAUAUGAGUAUAUUUACUUCACCUAUAAUGACGGUUAUUGCAAGAAAUGUUACAUUCGUAACUGGAAGUAUAUUAGCUGUUCUAUUAAUAUUGACGGUAUACGACGAAGAUGUUUUAACGGUUGAACACGUUUUAACAACUAUCACCAUAUUGGGUGGGAUGGUAGCUGGUUCAAGAGCAUUCAUACCCGAUGAAAAUUUGGUAUGGUGUCCAGAGGCAUUAUUGACCGCUGUGUUAGCACAUACACAUUAUAGACCGGACAGUUGGCGAGGUCAUGCUCACAUGCAAACUACAAGAGCACAGGUAGCUCAACUCUUCCAAUAUCGUGCUGUUCAUUUAUUGGAAGAAUUGAUAUCCCCUUUAUUAACACCAUUUAUUUUGUGCUUCCACAUGAGACAAAGAGCUUUAGAUAUCGUUGACUUUUAUCGUAACUUUACUAUCGAAGUAACUGGUGUCGGUGACGUAUGUAGUUUCGCUCAGAUGGAUGUACGAAAGCAUGGAAAUCCAAUGUGGCAAACUGUUGCUCAAAGUCCUAUAGACGAUCGUAAUCCAGGAUACGAUAAUCCUGGAUAUAUCACUGACACAGGAAAAUUACACGUUCCUAUGUCUAAUCAAUACACCCAAGCCGAGGAUGGUAAAACGGAGUUAUCGCUGAUACAUUUUACAUUAACGAAUCCAGAAUGGAAGCCACCAAGUCACGCAGAAAACUUUGUCGCGGCAUUGAGAGAAAGAGCGAAGAAGGAAGUAAUGAAUGGUGUACCAACCGAUGUAAACCCAUUGCUCGCAAGUUUGAAUAGUUUAUCUGGUCUAGGACCUGGAUACAACGACUUAGUAUCAAAUAUUAUUCGAAGCACGAUGAUAAAUCAAGUCAGUGUUCCGAAUAUAAGCAGUGCGUUUACAAAUCAGGCUGGUAUUUUAGGUGCUUCUGUCCCAAUAGACGAAGCAUCUAUCAGUCAAAGAUCGGAUAAUAUUUCAUAUCCUGUGCGUCGUGGUUUGAGAAAGGCUGAAGGUCCGUUGCACAAUGAUAAAGGAUUCUUGUACGGAUUGCAACAAGGCAUAUCGAAUCAAUCUCUUGGUGCAUCCGUUUUUGGAUCAGCUAAUGAAUUAACUACGGAUCUGUCGGUACCGAUAGAAUUAACUGCAGCUGAUAUGUCACUAUCUACAUUGUACCUGCACGAGCUUCAUCACAGACAAGUACGUAGGCGAGGCUAUCAAGAAAUGGCAACGAGAAGUGUGUGGCAGCGAAGUCCAGUCCAAGAAUUAGCAACGCUUCCUGAAGUCAGACAAGAAAGAGCCCCUUUACUUCUACAUCAAGAUUCUUCUAUAAGAAAUAAUAGAGAAUCCUAGCGUAACGGUCGCUGAUGAUCGUGUUCACAUUGGAAAUUUCUAGUUAAUUCAUGCUUCUCAAUUUAGAUAAAAUGUGAGGUAUAUAUAAUUUCUUUUUUUUUUUUUUUUUUUUUUUUUUUUUUUCUUUUUUUUUAUAAUCUUUUUUGUGAUUUAUUCUCUAAGACUCUUUAUGAAGUAAAAAAUUUCGUGAUUCAUUUUAUGAUAGAAAAAUACGCUCUAGACGUAAGUCGAUCGAGAGUUAAUAGAGAUAUUAUAGUCCGGCUCUCUCUCUCUCUCUCUCUCUCUCUCUCUCUCUCUCUCUCUCUCUCUCUCUCUCUCUUUCUCUUUCUCUCUCUCUCUUCUUUUCCUUUCUUUAUCUUUCCUUAUAUAAAUUUAAUUCUUCUAACUAUGUGAACAUUUUUUUUUUUUUUUUUUUUUUUUUUUUUUUUUUUUAAUAAAUUUAUUUAACCGAGUAUCGAUAUUAUAAUAUAAUGUAAAGAAGGAUUUUUGCGCGAGAUCAACGAUCAAAUAUGCCUAUGCUCGUGGCGAAGGGGCCUAUUUUGAUGUGAUUUUUUAGAUUUGAAUUCGUCAGAAAUAAUCGCUUGUGUUAAUUUUUGUCCCGUGUAUCGAGUUGUUGAAAAUUUGUAAUCCGUAUUAUAGAAAAAAGAAAAUUAUAGAAAAGAAACGAAAUUGCUCUUUAAAACGAUGGACAGACACUAACAUGGAAAGAUAAAAUGAUGAUGAUGAUAACGAUAAUGAUGAUGAUGAUGAUGAUGAUGAUGAUGAUGAUGAUGAUGAUAAUGAUGAUGAUGAUGAUGAUGAUGAUGAUGAUGAUGAUGAUGAUGAUGAUGAUGAUGAUGAUGAUGAUAAUGAUGAUGAAUAGUAGAUAAAAGUUACUCCGACGAGAUCCAAUGGUAAAGAUAAUUUAAAGGAUAUAUAUAUAUACAUAUUUAUCUUGGGAUCGUUUGUUCAUCGAUUAACUUCGUAUUACGAUCAUCGUCAGGAACGUGAUGACUGUCACGUCGUAAUAUCGUAAGCAAUUAAUCUACAGGCUUUGAUUUUUUGUCUUUCUUUUUUUUUUCUUUUUUUUCUUUUUUUUUUCCAUUGCCACGAUUCUCUCUAGUCAUAUGAAAAUAAUAAAAAACAAUAUCGUUUUAUGUAGCGCAUGACGAAUAUGUAUAUAUAUAUAUAUAUACAUAUGUAUAUGUAUAUGUAUAUAUAUAUAUUGUAUUUAAUCUUUUUUAUAAUUAUCUCGUCGCUCUCUGUGCUACUAUUAAUAAGCGUGGCAAUUGAAUUUUUUUUUUUUUUUAUUUUUUUUUUAUUUUUUUUUUUUUUUUUAAUCUGCUUCGUUAUUACAUUAGAUAAAUGAUGCAACUUUCAGACACAAGUGUAAAUAUUGUUGCACGACGAACUUGAAAAAAGAAAAAAAAAAAGAAAAAAAAAAAAAAAGAGAAGAAAAAAAGAACACGAAACUCGAGAAAUAAUUUCUCCUUGUUUCUUUUUAUUUCUUUUUAUUUUUAUUUAUUUAUUUUUAUGUUUUUUUUUUUUUUUUUUUUCCUUUUUUUUUCUUUUUUAAUUUAUCAAAAGGUUGUCAUUAACGCGUAUAUUAGUAAAAAGAAAUGAAUGAAUAUAUAUGUAUAUAUAUAUAUUAUAUAUGCAUGCAUAUAUAUAAUAUAUAUAGACAUAUACGUAUACAUAUGUAAACUAAAAAAAAAAAAAAAAAAAAAACACGUUGAAA